AUGAAUAAUAAUAAAGAUAUUUCAAUCACAAUUUAAACUAAUUUGUUCUAAGGGUUGAUGAAUAGAGACCAAUGUAAACAGUUGGCUCAAAAAAUCAUGAAACUCUAUGACUAGGAUAAAAACGAUUUGAUGGAAGUAAAAGAUGCCGGAAAUUUGCAAUCCGAUUGCUAUAAAGCCAUAAACCUUGAUUUCAGUCCUUCCUAAAAUGAUAUCAAAGGAUAUGCUAAAAUAUUUGAUCGGGAUGGUACUGGAAAAAUAUCGGUAAACGAUGUUGAACGCUUAUGCUUUAAAUAUUUUGGAGGAGGUACUGACUCAGCAAAUUAGAAAGUAUAAAAAGGAGAAACUAUUGAAUUAAGCCCCAUAUAAGCAGAAGAUAAGGUGGAUACUCCUUCAAAACUAUAAUAUCAAUCUCCUUACAGAAGAUGGGGGUCUUAAAAAUCAACCUAAGGUUCCUAAACUUCUAUAUAAUCUAACAAAUAACCUGCUACGUAAUCUUGCGUUGUACCUUGCACAACCUAAAAAGAACCUCAAAAAUACAGUAAACUAGCUGAAGCUCGUCUUUAAGUAGCAAGAAGAAUUUUUAAAAUGCUAGAUUAGGAAAAUAACGGAUAUAUAACUGAAAAACAUGUCACCCCAUUGUUGGUCGAAACUUACAACAACAUGGGAAUGAAGAUUGAACCAACAAGAGAGGAUAUAGAAAUGUGGAUGGAAAUGGCUGAUUAAGAUAGAGAUGGAAAAGUCUACUUGAUUGAUUAUGAGUCUCUAGUCUUGAAAAGUCUAAAAUCUUAAGGUAUUGAAAUUGAUUGA